UUUACACUGAGUGCAAUAUGGUAGUAAUGCUGGGCUGGAGGUUGUGAAUAAUAUGCAUUUAGGACCAAGCUCAUUACGCAACCCGGUCCUUUAAAUGGUCUUGUAACGCAUAUUAGAUUCUUACAAAAGGCUGUUUAUUUUUCUGCUUUUGAGAAGAUAACGGUCUUACGCGCGUCUCUAUCACAGCUUGACCGUAUACAACUCGCUUUUCUUCAAACCACUGUAAGUAAUUGAGUCAAGCCUUGAAUCGCCGCAGGGGAGACGAGCUGUCAAGAUACUUAAAUCCGUUUGGAUAGCUGGUAAUGCUUAAAGUCACUAUGCUCUCGUCCAGAGCAGGGGCAACCCCAGCUCCAGACUACUGGAUAGAUGGAUCGAAGAAGGAGAUAUUGGCUGACUACUAUGAGUUGGAGUCCGAAUUGGGACGGGGAGCGACAUCCGUGGUGUGCAGAUGUCGACAGAAGGGAACACAGAAGCCGUUUGCGGUGAAAACGCUGAAGAAGACCGUGGACAAGAAGAUAGUAAGGACAGAGAUAGGUGUUCUACUUCGACUCUCUCACCCAAACAUUAUCAAACUAAAAGAGAUAUUUGAGACCCCGUCAGAGAUCAGUCUGGUCUUAGAGCUUGUGACUGGAGGAGAGCUCUUUGAUAGGGUUGUAGAGAAGGGCUUCUACACUGAACGGGAUGCUGCUGAUGCUGUCAAACAAGUACUAGAAGCCGUUGCAUACCUGCAUGAGAACGGCGUGGUGCACCGAGACCUGAAACCCGAGAACCUCCUAUAUGCCACCUCAGCACCAGAUGCUCCCCUCAAAAUAGCUCUCUUUCUUUUUGCAGCUGAUUUUGGACUGUCAAAGAUCAUCGACGAUCAGGUCACAAUGAAGACAGUUUGUGGUACACCAGGAUACUGUGCCCCAGAGAUCCUGCGAGGAUGUGCUUAUGGACCUGAGGUUGACAUGUGGUCAGUGGGCGUUAUCACGUACAUCUUGCUAUGUGGCUUUGAACCGUUCUUCGAUGAUAGAGGGGACCAGUACAUGUUUAAGAGGAUCCUCAACUGUGAAUAUGAGUUUGUCUCCCCCUGGUGGGACAAUGUGUCCCUCAACGCCAAGGAUCUGGUGAGAAAGCUGAUUGUCCAGGAUCCAAAGAAGCGGCUAACGACCUUGCAAGCACUGCAGCACCCCUGGGUGACUGGGAAGGCAGUUAACUCAGCCCAUAUGGACACUGCUCAGAAGAAACUGCAGGAGUUCAAUGCACGCCGAAAACUCAAGGCUGCAGUAAAGGCCGUGGUGGCCUCGUCACGAUUGGGCAGCGCUGGCAGUCACGGCCACGCUGACAACAGCAAGAGCAGCAACUGCAACAGCGCCACCAAUCAGGAAGGGGCACAAGAGGAGCAGCCACGGAACGAUCAGUCACAGAUCCAGGAAGGAUCCUAACUGUGAAUCUCCUCUGUUGUUGCAUGUCACCCUGUGAAGCCAUUCUACCCUCCUGUUGGACUGUGAAGUGUCUGAGAGGAACCAUAUAUGGUCUCACCUAUACUGGAGAUACUCCGCCUGGCUUUAUUGCAUGUGACUGAUUAAUUAAAUGAUGUACAACCAUACUGACUCAGCACAUUGCAACAGCAUGCCACAAGUAUUUGAAGUACACGUGAAAUCAGAGUUUACGACUGCGCAUGCCCAUUUCUUAACUCACACAACAAGUAACUUCACUGGAUGGUUUAUCUAUUCCAUUAUACCAUGUCAUAACUGCAAAAUGACACCUAAGUGUUCACAGUAUUAAUUUGCCGGUUUAUAAAUUAAUUCAUAACGAUGGUAAUCAUCAUGAUGCUCCGGUGGCAGAAUAUAAUAUAGACAGGAGAAUUGAUUUAGGUUGAUUUGCAGUAGUGGUUGAGUAGGCUUACAGUAUCUGUUUGGAGAACGGGUUGGACACAUUUUUCAGAUGGUCAUAAACCUUUAUUACAACUUCUAAGGAGAAUGCCUUAUUGUAUCUUAUUAACUGUGUUUUACACUCCUUUUGUAAGAAAUAUUUAGUAUCUUGUUAAAGGUCCAAUGCACCCGUUUUUAUCAGAAUAUCAAAUAAUUUCAGGGUAACAAUAUCAAUUAAAAUGGUCGAAAGAAACAAAUUGCUUCUUAGCAAAGACCAAUUUCUCAAGCAAGAAUUUUGCUAGGACUGUCUGGGAGUGAUCUGAGUGGGGAGGGGAAAACUGAAAACUAGCUGUUAUUGGUAGACAAAAGUGACGUUAUUUAAAAGUGUAGAGUUGUUUUACCAUUAAGAACUUUUUUUUUUGUAUACCAAAAUGGUUGUGUACAACUGAAAAGGCACCCCAGUUUUUUUUAUUGCUAAAUACACAAUUUUCACGGAAAUGGACGAGUAGAUGUUCAGUGCCAAAAUUGGUUGAGUCUGUUGCUUUAUUCGAUAAUAUCCCACCUCUGUCAUAUACAAUGGAAGAGGCUGUUUUCUUGGUGCGAAAAUUUCUAUAUCAUUAAUCCAUUAACUGACAUGCCUUGUAGUGGAAUGUUUGUUUAUCUACAAAGAAAAAGGUUGGCUGUGUAUUGAAUUUUAGCAUGAUUUUGCCUGCAGUAUAAAGGAAUGUUGUGGAUAAUAUAUGAAAUGUAUUCAACAAGGGUUGUCCUUUUGCAUGUGGGAACUGCUGCGGUUGGCUGUUAAAAUGCCCUAUAGUUGACUUACAUCACAUGACAGAUGUAAUCUGUGUUAAACAGUGAAGUAUUAGAGGCCUUCUGAAGGCCCCAAGACGUCAACUUGAUAUUCAUUUUAUAUGCUCAAGGGAACAUUUAAUCAUUCAGUGUUGUCUUAAAAUGGUUACCAUUAGGAUUGAUUUGGUAUGGACUGCAGGAUAAAAAAUAAAACUUUAUGAAGUUGUAA